CUCACAGCCGUAUAUUUUGGGGUCCUUAUGCGUCAGACUGCUGCUUUCUCUGGAAUAGCAUCGUUCGGCAAUGGCGGAUUACGAUCAAUAUGAUGACCGGGAUCGGGCUUACGGGAGCUUCGGCGGGGGAAGAGGACCCCGAGGUGGUGGUGGCUCAGGUGGCCCCCGAAAGCAGAAGGAACUCCCCACAGAGCCACCCUACACAGCGUACAUUGGCAACCUGCCCUUCAACACAGUGCAAGGAGACAUAGACGCCAUUUUCAAAGACCUCAGUGUCAGGAGCGUGCGAUUAGUUCGAGACAAAGAAACAGACAAGUUCAAAGGUUUCUGUUACGUAGAGUUUGACGACUUGGAAUCUCUAAAAGAGGCUUUGACAUAUGAUGGUGCUCUGCUGGGGGACCGGUCAUUGAGGGUGGACAUCGCAGAGGGCCGAAAGCAAGAACGUGGCGCCGGAGGCUUUGGCUUCCGAAAAGACGACAGAGAAGAAAGUCAUACCCAUCUCGGAUGGCAUGAGGGCCGUGGUGGCUCACGUGGGCCCAGAGGAGGGGGACGUGACCCCAGAGACGACUACGACCAAUCUGGAGGUGGAGGAGGAUUUAGAGAUGAUGACUUCAUGGGUGGGAGGAGUCGAGGAGGCGGUCGCCCUGCUGACAGAAGGGGGGGUGGAGGCAUGGGGCGCUUCAGAGAUGGACCUCCUCGCGGAGGCCAGACAGACUUCAGAGAACCCUCAGAUGAGGAAAGAGCACAGAGACCAAGGCUACAGUUGAAGCCCCGUACGGUGGCAGCUCCCCUUAACCAAGUUGCCAACCCCAACUCGGCCAUCUUUGGGGGUGCCAAACCCAGGGAGGAGAAUUAAAAUGUGUCAGUGUGGCUGCAUUAUUCCGGAAGGCUAUACUGGAUUCUACCGGCUUUGAUCUCCAAAAAAAACCAAACAAAAUCUUCUCCAAGAGACACGCAGGCAGGGGCAUGAGGUGCUGGUGUGCUCUCGAAUCCUAAACGAACCCUCAUCUGAUUGGCUUAGAACGCAUGUGGAGGUGGGGCCUCUAGAAAAGGGGGUGUGGCAUAGUCUUAACUCUGCCCUUGCCUGUCCUCACAAACUCCUCCCACACACCUGAAAGAGCCAAAACAUGGAGGACAGCAUCUCCAGGUCGAUUCAAUUGUGUUUAAGGACUUUAUGAUGUAUAAUCUCUCUCCCUUUCCAAAGUAUCUUUGUGUUUAAACCAGCCAUUUGGAAUUUGUAGACGUGAGCAGGAGUAAAACCUGCUGUCAUUUUAUAUUUUGCUCUUUAAAUUUCUUUACUGUGUUUGAAAAUUAAAACUUUGAGCUUGAUUCUUAAUUAAACGAUUUCAAAGCGAAGAGCUUUUGAAUUUGUUUUUAAUUCUUCUUUCUGAAAGAUUUUGGACCAAGUCUGGCCAAUCCAGGUGAGAAAUGCUUUCAGGAACAAUGUGCCACACAUUUCAUUCAUUUAGAAGAGCAACAUGUAUGCAUGAUAGAUUUGGUUGGUGACACUUGGGUCUACGGCAACGUUCACAGCUUGAUUAAUUUCUUCAAAGAAAACAUUUUUUUUAACACCAUCAGUUGUACUGCCUUUCCAUGUGAAGCUUAUUGUACAAAAAAGAACUGCUUGCACAUUAAAAAUCGAGGUGACACCAGGCGAUGUAGUUUCAUCUCCUAGUGGAUCAAUUGUAGAAUCCUCAUGGGAAAUCCAUGUCUCAAACCUUUUCUUAGCAUUUUACUGCAUAAAAAUUAGGAAUUUCAACUUUGUUUUUUACUGUACGAUAGAGAGUGGCUGUUUUUAUUUUGUUUUCAUUUUCCUGCACUGUUUAUGGCAAUCCAUUGUAUCAUCUUAGGGUGUUUGAAAUGGAUGUGUUGAUCUAGGAUAAUGAGAUGAAUUAAUUCUCUGUCCUGUGAAGCUAUAUGGUGUUUGCCUGAGUCAUUUAAAGAAGGUUAUUUUACCAAAACUUUCCCUCUGAAUUUUGGCACUUGGUGUUCAAACUUAAGGAAUUGUUGUUUUUCUAAAGAACAAGGUCAUAGGACUUGUCAAUGUAAGACUUGAACAGUCUUAUCCUAGUUGGGGCAACAAUGUUCUAUAUACUAAGACACAGUAAGUCUUUAUUUUCAUCGUCAGGGACACAUCAUGAUCCAUUGUCUCGCAAAUGUAAAGAAUAAAGGAUUUGAAGAGGA